CGUUCCCCCGUUAUCGUCGACCGUCGUCGUCGCCGUCAGUACGGUAUACGCUCUCGUGACGCGCGUACUUGGCGCACGUCUGCUGUAGUUCUCUCCGUUCGUUACGCGCCGUGUUCCGUUCCGUUUUUUUUUUUUUUUUUUCCCGUGCGAGCGACGAUUGUUUUUUUUUUUCUGUCUCUGCUGUCUGUCGCAAUCGUUAUUAUUCCGUACCCACUCGUACCCAUUAUCAGCCGUCGUCAUGUGCGCCGUCCGCAUUACGACGCGUGAUUUGUGACGCGGCCGUCGUCGCCGCAGCCGAAGAUCUCGUUAGGCCCGAACGGCGCCGCCACCACACCAGUGCACGGACGACGCGAGACGACACGCACACGCCGUGACGUCAUGUCGGCGGGCCCGUACGGGACCAUCAUGGACGAGUUGGGCGGCUUUACCGAGGUGCCCAUCUCGUACCGGCACAUCUCCCGGUUCCAGCCGUACCGGGUACAGCCGUACCAGGCCCACGUACCGCCGCCGGCCGCGCGCAAGGUCAAAUCCUCGUCGACCGCGGUGGAACGGCGCACCGUGGCCGGCGGUUGCCAGUACGACGAGAACCGGCCCACGCACGUCCAUCGGAUGUACCCCGAAAUACUGGCGUUGAUCUUCAGCUACCUGGACGUGCCGGACAAAGGCCGGGCGGCUCAGGUGUGCACCGCGUGGCGCGAAGCCGCCUGGUACAAGUCCGUGUGGCGCGGCGUCGAGGCCAAGAUCGACAUGUGCCGGUCGUCGCAUCCCAUGUACGAGAGCCUGAAGCAGCGCGGCAUCAAGCGCGUCCAAGUGCUGUCCGUGUCCCGGUACAAGUGUCUGCGCGAGAUCGUGCAGAACGUGCCCAAUCUGGUGUCGCUGAACAUGAGCGGCUGUUACCACAUCAAGGACGAGGACCUACACCAAAUGUUCCUCGAACACCAUCCGAACAUCUCCGAACUCAACCUGUCGCUGUGCAAACAGCUCACCGACGGCGGUCUCAUACGCAUCGCCGACACGCUGCGCGGUCUCACGCGACUCGAGAUCCAGGGUUGCUCGUACAUCACCAACAAGGGGUUCUCGCACAUAGCGCGCAAGUUGAAAAAACUCAAGUAUCUCAACCUGCGGUCGUGCUGGCAUCUGUCCGACGUGGGACUGUCGCACAUCGCGGGCGCCAGCAAAGACUCGACCGACGGGAACGCGCAGCUCGAGUUUCUGGGACUACAAGACUGCCAGCACAUCACCGACGAGGGCCUCAAGUACGUGUCCGAGGGUUUGCGCUCCCUGCGCAGCCUCAACCUGAGUUUCUGCGUCAACAUCACCGACACGGGCCUCAACUACGUGUCGCGCAUGAACACGCUGGACGAGUUGAACCUGAGCGCGUGCGACAACAUCUCCGACAUCGGGAUCGGUUACCUGUCCGAGGGGUGCACCAAACUGGGCAGCCUAAACGUGUCGUUCUGCGACAAGAUCGGCGACCAGGCGCUGCUGCACGUGUCCCACGGCCUGUACGGGCUGCACACGUUGUCCCUGGGCUCGUGCCAAAUAUCCGACGACGGCAUGCUGUACAUAUCGAAAUCGCUGCGGAACCUCGAGGUGCUCAAUAUCGGCCAGUGCAACUCCGUCACCGACAAGGGCCUGGAACAUCUGUCGGACUCGUGCAAGCUGCUGCGGUCCAUCGACUUGUACGGGUGCACGAAGAUCACCAAAGAGGCCAAAGAGAAAAUCCUGAAAAUGCCGAACAUCCGGAGAGACACGGUCAACGAGGACCUGUGGCAACUCAGAUGACCGAAGGGUCUGUUCGUUUUUUAACAUUUCGAUAUGUGAUACGUAAUUAUAAUUUAGGUAAGUUAUUAUAGUAGCGUACGCGUUACGUACGUUUCGUUGAGAAUAUCCGGUUCCGCCAUCGUUUUCUAUAAUAUUAUUAUUAUUAUUAUUAUUAUUAUUGAUAUUAUUAUUAUUAUUAUUAUUAUUACUAAAAAACCACCACCACCACCACCACUACUACUACUACUACUACUACUACUGCGAAUAUUCGUCAAAAAUUCGUUAUCAUCGCCGCGUCACCCGCCCGACCGAGUUUUCAAACGAUAAUAACAAUAACAAUAACAAUAAUCGAUUCCCUUUUCUUUGAAUUUUCCCCCGGGGGGGGGUCCGUUCGUUAUUAACGACGUCGUCGUCGUCGUCGUCGUUUCCCGUCUCGUACCGCACCGACGCCGCACCGGCACCCGCGAACGAACGCCUCGCGCGCGCGUCGCUCGAAACCCGAGCCGCGUUGACCGUUCGCCUGGACGGGACCGCGCGCUUUUCGACCCGUCCGGGUGUCCGGUUUGUUUUGUUUUGUUUUUUUUCCCCACGGAAAAAACCGUCGGCGCGAUCCUUCGGCGGCCUCCCCUCCCCCCACCUAACCCCCUACACCCCGUCGGCGGUCGGGCCGUUCAUUUUCGGAUCGCGCCGCGGCCGAGUCCGCGUUACAAAUCGUUUAUUAUUAUCGCGUAUUUCUUUCCCCCCCCACCCCCGGUGUCUGUGUCUCUCCGUGUGUCUGUCCGUCCUCUCAAUCCCGACCUUCGAUAUCCGCCGUUAGACGACGAUUUUUUUUUUUUUUUUUUUUUUGUUUUCGUUCUCUCGCAAUUUAAUCGCUUAUCGUUGUUGAGUUAUCUAUUAUUUUAAUUAUAGGAUAUUAUUCGUUUUGCAUUCGAACCGCACUUAGGCGUAGCCCCCCUCCCCCAUUCCCGCCCCGCCAACGAGCGUCUCUUUCUCCUUGUCGCGUCGUUUUCGGUUACGACUCGAAAACCGGCAGUAGUCCCGAUAGGUACUGUUUUUUCUCACUCUCUCUCUCUCUCUCUCUCUCUCUCUCUCGCCGUUUUGAUUUCUUAUAUUUUUUACAUUUUGUACAUCGAUGUGAUAAUUUAUUUUAACGCUCACGAUAUUUGUUUUAGUAUAUAUAUAUAUAUAUAUAUAUAUUAUUAUAUUAAUGAAUACGCGUAU